UAUUUCUUCAGUUGUUAAUGGUGGGCUACUAAUACGUUGGUGAUCGGCCGCAUGUGGCCCUCGGGCCGCCAUUUGAAUAGACUGAACCUAAAUUCACCGUCCUGGUAGACGAACCGUCGUCGCUUCUGUUCGGCACUAUAUUUUCUCAGGGUAUCUCUACGCCGCUCUAGAUCAACUGAAGAAAGGAGUGCGUGAACAACAACACCAAUCAGAGGAUUUAGUGAAAAAUGGUGCGUAUGUGUGCUUUUCCGGGUUGCGGUAACAAAAACGUGUCAUGGUCACCUUACAGGUUUCACCGUAUCCCCUUACGCGAUACUGACUGCACAAAAAUGUGGCUUGUUGUCAUGAACGUCGCCGCGGACACUCCGCGUUCCGCACUGAGACAACUCCGCGUGUGCAGCGCUCACUUCAGUGAGGAGGAUUACAGAGAACCGAGGGCUAACGAGCGGGACCGACACGUGCUGAAGACCAGUGCUGUCCCCAACAGUCGGAUGCAGGUCAACUUGUCGGACAUGCCACAAGAAACACUCAGAAGCACAGGCAAUCAAGUAAAUUCUGAGAUGUUCCCUCGAACCACAGAAAAACAAACUGCACAGUACAUUGUUGACGAGGAGGCCAUCCUGCAGCUGAUGAGUAACUGCCCAGCGUGCGACAGAAAGUGCCGCUGCCGCAAAUUCAAUCGCCGUCCUUAUUUCGCCGUCUACCAGAGCUGUUAUUACUGUGAUUAUCAGCGCAAGUGGGUCAACCAGCCUGAAGCUAAAGACACAAAAUUUCAGAGGGCACCAAAGAGGAAACGUCGGCCAAAGAACAAGGUGCCUUUAGAGGACGACGCUCAGUCGUCACCUUCAGAGGACGAGGCUCAGUCGUCACAGCCCGAUAAGUGUGUGAAACCCACGGCCCACUGGUGAAACAAGGAACAGUCGUGGCACAGUCGUGGCUCAGUCCUGGAUGCCACUAACACAUAUAUGUAGUUGAUAUUGAAACAAGUUUCAGAUUUAUGUUACGUUUUGAGGACAAAAAUUAUGAAAAUUUGCUGCAGUCUGAUUGGUAGCAUUGCAUCACUCACUAGUGGUGAGACAUGCCAUUAUGUUGUUUGUUGUCCCAAAAUAUAGAGGAAAAAUGUUUUGUAUAUUUUGUAUAUUGACCCAAAGUUUUGUUGGGUAAAUAUACAUGACUUACUUGAUGGAGCUUUCCUGUGGGCCUCCUGCCGCCUGCGUACUGGGGCUGUUUGAGUAUGUCGCUGUGGCUUGUGCUGGGUCUUCUUUGUAACUGGGGACAGCCGGGGGGCUUGGGAAAUAUCCUUUAGUAUGGCCUCUCGAUACUCUCGCUCCUGCACACACACAACACUCAUGUCUGUUAAUCUGUCUCUGUGAAGACAUUUAUUGAUUGAAUGAUGUUCCCUUCUCAACUAUAACAGUAAGAGCCUGCACUCUGUACCUUAACUAACUCUGUCAAAUUCUGUGAUCAUUUGAAUGAUGGGACCGAAGGUUGGUCUUGUAUAUUUGCGGUUAUGUUAAAGUUUGAACUUUGAUGGUUAAGUUAAUACCCUUAGAUUAUCACUUGUUUUAACAACAAGGCAAGUUUGGGAUAACCAGGCAUUUACAGGUCAUGUAAAAUAUCAGUGGACACCAUUUGUUAUGCCUGAUUUAGCAUUUUUGCUGUAAAUGCAUUAAAACUUUGCAUUUUUCUGAACAAA